GACUGUCAGCACGAGGGAAGUAAAUGUAUCUUUUCACUGGGAGUAGAACGUUGUGCUGGGGAGUGGAAUGUUGCCCGGGAAAUGCAACGUGGUGUGGAUUGGGAGUCGAAUCCUGAGUUUGGAGAGUUAGGCUUAAUUUCACAUUAAUGGUGAGCUGAAGAUGGAUGAUGGGAUUGCUGAGCUAAUAGCAGAAAGAGAUAACUCAACUGACGAUGGGCCUGUUCAGGCGAGCAGUUCACGGCCAGAAAUCUGUUUACACCUGCCUAGGAGUAUACUUCAGUUCCAAAAUAUCAAAGAUGCAAAGCAAACUGGUUUCCGACGGACAGUCCAAACUUGUCUGAGUCGCAUUGAGAAAGCCAUGCUUCAUCACCAGUGGCAGACUGCUGCCGAACUGAUGACAAGCUUCUUCCAGAUCUUAGAAGACAAUACCACCAGAAAACAGGCUUCUGCUAGUAAGGCCAUUUGGACGAUUGGAACUGCAAUACUUCAGUAUCAUCCCAAUAGCUGCAUUGAGGACGUCAGUUCAUUUGCUAGGAAAAUGAAGAGUAUAGGAGUCAAACAUUACCUGAAGAUCUGCUUGGAGCAUGCUAUUCACCUGCUGUGCAAUGGAAAGAUGGAGGAAGCCUACAGGGAAUUGUCUCUAGCUGAAACAUGGCGAUAUGGUGAAAAUUCUGCAGCUCAGCAAAAAGUGCUGAAACUCAUUCAGGGUUAUAGGUCAUUGCUUGACUAUUAUACAUGGGUUAAAAAGAAUAGUGCUCUUCAUGAACAAGGUGAUGCCGAAAUCAAUUCGGGCAGAGCGCAAGAGAUGCACAACUAUUUCCGACAAGCCUCCAUUGGUCUACGUGAUGCUGUAGAAAAUCCUGGUGUUUGGGAUCCCUUCAUACUCAGUUAUGUAAAUCUCCUUGAUUUCUACGAUGGUUUUGAAGAAGCACUGGCCGUGUUAGACAAUUAUGCUUAUAAUAGCAGAUUUCCACCAAACCCAAAUGCUCAUGUAUAUUUGUACGAGUUCCUGAAAAAACACAAUACCUCGGCUAAAAAACUGAUCAAAGUACUGAGGAUCUUGCAUCAGCUGGUUCCUUCCCAUGAACUGAUGUUAGAAUUUCACUCGCUACUACUUCAAUCAAAAAAAAAGAAGCAUCGUAAGGAAGCACUGGGUGUCCUCUUCUGUCUUCUAGAUUUUUCUACAUGGAAAGAAAACUACCACGUAUGGAAAUGUUUAAUAAAACAGAUGAAGAAAGUUAUAGCUGAGGGUCACUGUGACUGGAUCCAUGAGCAUUGGGAGUCCAGACAAGACUGGUGGCCUGCAUAUCAUUUCAGCAAAUUUCGCGCACACAGGGAUUUUGAACAAAAUGAGAGCUAUGCUUCAAGGAAAGCAAUGGUUGCAGGAAUCCUAAUGGGGAAAGGCUGCAAAUACUUUGUCACCAUUUACCGACUUGGAUAUAAACUUCAGGAAGCGAAAUUGAAGAAGAUGAGACAAUAUAUAAAGAAUCACAGUCUGCCAAAUAAAUCUUGAACUGGAGGACUCCGCAUGUACAGCUCAUAGAAAUCAAAAGUCAUUGUCAAAACUUUUAAAUAUUUGGAAUCUCUCUCAAAUAAAAGGGAAAGAAAGGUUUGCAAUCAUUUUAUUUUAUUGUUAACCCCACUGUAAGGAAACUGCUCCUGAGAUUUAUAUUAAAUAAAGUACACUAUUUUUAACACUGAUUUAGGAAUGAUCAGUUCAUCUCAUCACAUGACCUAGAGCAAACAGCAAAGGGUCUAGUAAUGACAGAAGGGUUGCUCCUUCCAGUAGGCCUAGAUUUUCUUCAUUGAGGGGCAUUCACCAAGAUUGUUUUGGAGAGCAUUCCACAAUACAGCAGUGGUAAAUAAAAAUUCUAGCUAGAAAGCUAUAAAAUCUUGAUGGGUAUGCAAAUACAAAGCAGUUAGAGAGGUCGGCAUGGACAAGUUAGACCGAAGGGUCUGUUUCCGUGCUGUACAUCACUAUGACCGUAUGGCUAAUGCUUUAUAAGGGCAAGUUUAUUUUAUAACAAACCUACAAAUAUUUUGCAAAUAACUGG